UGGCGGGCGCGCAGGUCGUUGACGCGGGCCCCGGCUGGGAGGCGCGUCCGUCGCUGCGAGCGCGGCGUCGAGGUUCUCGGACCAUGGAGGACCCGCAGCCGCUGCCACAGCCGGAGCUGCCGCUGUGUGACAGCCUCAUCAUCUGGGAUUCAUUGGUGCAGACUCGAUGGACGACUGGCUCUGUCCUCAGAUGUCCAAUGAGCAAAAUGGUUUCUAACCUGCUGGAAUUGCCUAGAUAUGACAGAACUGACUUCCAGCUGCAGACAUUCAAGACUGCCUCGCCCUGUCAGGAUGUCAAACAGCUGACUAACGGAGUGACCAUGGCACAAGUUCUUCAUCAAAUUGACGUAGCCUGGUUCAACGAAUCUUGGUUAAGCCGAAUUAAAGAUGAUGUUGGAGACAACUGGAGAAUAAAGGCUAGUAACUUAAAGAAGGUCCUCCAUGGAAUUACAAGUUAUUAUCACGAGUUUUUGGGGCAGCAGAUUUCUGAGGAACUUAUUCCCGAUUUAAACCAAAUAACUGAGUGUUCAGAUCCUGUCGAGCUUGGGAGGUUGCUUCAGCUUAUUCUAGGUUGUGCAGUCAACUGUGAAAGGAAGCAAGAGCAUAUUAAAAAUAUAAUGACCCUGGAAGAAUCUGUUCAGCAUGUGGUCAUGACUGCAAUUCAGGAGUUAAUGAGUAAAGAAAUAGUGAGCUCUCCUGCAGGUGACGCCGUUGGAGAAUUAGAGCAACAGCUGAAGAGGGCGCUAGAGGAGCUUCAGGAAGCCGUAGCAGAGAAGGAGGAGCUAAAGCAAAGGUGCCAGGAGCUGGAUAUGCAGGUGACUGCACUUCAGGAUGAGAAGAACUCACUGGUCUCUGAGAAUGAGAUGAUGAAUGAAAAGCUUGACCAGUUGGACGGCUCCUUUGAUGAUCCAAAUACAAUGGUUGCGAGAAAGUAUUUUCAUGCACAGUUACAGCUAGAACAAUUACAAGAAGAAAACUACAGGCUUGAAGCUGCAAAAGAUGAUUACCGUGUUCACUGUGAGGAACUUGAAAAGCAGCUGAUUGAAUUUCAGCACAGGAACGAUGAGCUGACAAGCCUCGCUGAGGAAACCAGAGCUCUGAAAGACGAGAUAGACGUUCUUAGGGCUACCUCAGACAAAGCAAAUAAAUUGGAGUCAGCAGUGGAGGUGUAUCGUCAGAAGCUACAAGAUCUAAAUGACCUUCGCAAGCAGGUGAAAUCUCUACAGGAGACAAAUAUGAUGUAUAUGCACAACACUGUGAGCUUGGAAGAGGAGCUCAAGAAGGCCAACGCAGCACGUGCACAGCUAGAGACCUAUAAGCGCCAGGUUCAGGACCUUCACACUAAGUUGUCCCUGGAGUCUAAAAGGGCAGAUACACUAGCAUUUGAGAUGAAGCGGCUUGAAGAAAAGCAUGAAGCUUUACUCAAGGAAAAAGAGAGACUGAUAGAGCAGCGUGACACUCUGAAAGAGACGAACGAGGAGCUGCGGUGCUCACAAGCACAGCAAGAUCACCUACACCAAGCUGAUGUGUCUGCUACAAAAAGUUAUGAGAACCUCGCUGCUGAGAUCAUGCCAGUGGAAUACAGGGAGGUGUUCAUCCGACUGCAGCAUGAGAACAAAAUGCUUCGCCUGCAGCAGGAAGGGACGGAGAACGAACGCAUCGAGCAGCUGCAGGAGCAGCUGGAGCAGAAGCACCGCAAGAUGAACGAGCUGGAAACUGAGCAAAGAUUGAGCAAAGAGCGCAUUGGAGAAUUGCAGCAGCAAAUUGAGGACCUCCAGAAGUCGUUACAAGAACAGGGCUCCAAGACUGAAGGCGAAAGUUCCAGCAAACUAAAGCGGAAGUUGGAAGCUCAUAUGGAAAAGCUAACAGAAGUCCAUGAAGAAUUACAGAAGAAACAGGAGCUCAUUGAAGACCUUCAGCCAGAUAUAAGUCAGAAUGCCCAAAAGAUCAGUGAACUUGAAGCUGCUCUUCAGAAGAAAGAUGAAGACAUGAAAGCAAUGGAAGAGAGAUACAAAAUGUACUUAGAGAAAGCCAGAAAUGUAAUAAAAACUUUAGAUCCCAAAUUAAAUCCAGCAUCAGCAGAAAUAAUGUUACUUAGAAAACAGCUGGCGGAGAAGGAAAGAAGAAUUGAGAUUCUAGAGAGUGAAUGUAAAGUAGCCAAAUUCCGUGACUAUGAGGAAAAACUCAUUGUUUCUGCCUGGUAUAACAAGAGCCUGGCGUUUCAGAAACUGGGCAUGGAAUCUCGGCUUGUGAGUGGCACUGGUGCUUGCAAAGACACCGGUGUGGGCGCUCCUGCUCGGUCCUUCUUAGCACAGCAGCGGCACAUCACCAGCACCCGGAGGAACCUGUCUGUUAAAGUCCCAGCCACAGCAUCUGACUAGUUUGCAAACAAACAUGAACUGAAGUGCCUCAAAAUGUUUUGUACCCCAAGAAACUACCAGACGAAAAACAAAGGUUAAAAUGCUUGGUAACAGCCAGUUUUGUUUGGAUUUUGUUUGAGAUAGGGUCUCCUAUACCCCAAACUGGCAUUGCAUUUACAACGUAUUCAGGGAUGAAUUGGAACAUUGAUCAGUCCUUCCCUCACUUCCUGCAUGCUGGGAUUAAUAGGUGUAUACCAGCAUAGCAGGUUUAUAUAGUGCUAGGAUUAAUAGGCGUAUACCACUGUAGCAGGUUUAUAUAGUGCUGGGGAUCAAAACCUUCCCUGUAAGUCAAGUGACCUAUCAACUGAUCUACAUUCCCAAUAUUGGUAUCAACUAUUUUUAAGUCAAUAUAUAUCAAAUUCAUAUUUAAGUUUACUGUAACUAUAAAAUGAAGAAUCAGCUGUCUCUGGGCAGCACUUUUGAGUACUUGGAAGUGUGAUAAAGGAAAUAUUUGUCUUGAGAUGGCAUCAUGUGUGGGAAAGCAACUACGUAUUCCAGCUUUAUGCUUUUAGUUGUAACAGCAAGUCAGUUAAUUUGUAAUUUAGUAACACAUCUAGAUUUGCCUUGUGGGAAGCAGUCUCCAGUAAGGCAUGUAGAGCAGAACUGUGCAAGGUAAAUUCUUUGACCUACGUGUACAGAGCGUUCCUCUACUUGCCAUUUCUGCCCUCAAGAGGAGACUUUGUCAAGCUGUGGAAGCUCUAACACUUAGAAGACUUUACUGCUGGAGUGACUUUGUCCUGUCAGAGUGACUGACUAGACAGUCGCAGUUUCUCCGAGAUGUAUCUCAGUUCGCACACGCACUGCAGUGGAUGAAGGCUGCAGGGCUUGACGGGAACUUUAAAGUGGGAAGUAAGCUGUGUUGUAAGAGGGACCUUUCUGUUGGAAAGCAAACUAGAAUACAUGUUGAAUCUCCACGUGCUUUUGAGCAUGAAGUUGUUGUGGCCUUUGCUUUCUAAGAAGGGGUAGAUCAUGUAUAAUUUUGCCUCAUUGAAAAGAAACAACGAUAUAAUAGCUUAGGACCAGUUCAGUCUCUGCUUACCUCUGGGAAGGGUCUGGGAGCUGGAUUCGUGGCUGUCAGGUCAUUUCUGCCCAGCGUUGGUCUUUUCAGAGAGGUUUCUCUCUAGUUUGGGGUCACUUUUUAAAGUCACACUUUGGAAUAUUAGUUGUUUAAUCAGUAUUGCCUGAUGUAGACACAAGUGGUUCAUGCUUGUGUCAGACACAUUUUCAACACUUCGUAGGCAUGCUUCACUUCCAUCAUUGUUGACAGUUCUGGUAUGCAGUGUGUCACAGUAAAUCUUGAUUUUUUUUUUUUUUGGUAACUUGGAAAAAUUCUUUGAUCUAUAGACUACAGAAGUAAGAAGUGCUGCACCCGUUUCAUAUCUAGAGAGAGGAAUCAGAUGGUAGCAGGAGUGCAGCCAACACUAAUGUUGCAGCACUGUGUAUACCGUGAACUCAGCAGGCAUUCUGUGAGGGGUUGUGCUUGUGGGCUGCUCCCUCCUUGUUGGAUCGGCUCCUCGCAUCCCUCUCCCUUUGUGCCAUCAAAAAGGAGAUGUAAACAAAAUAGGUGUAAGUCAGAUUGAGCUGAUGAGCUAUAGAGCUGUGGUCUCCGUUUUAUUCUUAGUCCUUCAUAAAUAUGAGUAUUGCUCUAUUUGAAGUGUUAACUCGUAUAGAUAACUGCCUUUAAAUUCUUGCCCAGUAAUUUUUUAGCCACUUAAAAAUAGAAAAAUUUCACAGUGAUUUGGGGUCUUUAGCAGCAUCUGCCGGGAUGAUUUGUUUUAUCAGGGUUCCUUCUGUUGACUACCUCUUAGAUUUUGAUGCUUUGUGCAUUUAAACUGUUGGUUUGCAUUUUUGUAUGUUCUUAUGGUGUCUGCUUGCCCGUGUCUUUUUAGUGAAAUAAGACUUUGAAAAUACUUUAGCAUGCUAUUUAAAAUUUUCUAAAAAUUGUGACAUUUGGGUAUAUUUUUGUUAUUGAAGAUAUAUUGAUGUGUUUGUAAUUGCUUAUAAUUGAGAUUUUACAAAUUCCCUUUUAAUGGAACUCAUUGUAAAAGAUCAACUUCAAUAAAUUACUGUUUCCAGUGCAAUUGCUCAUAAAUUUCUAAAUAAUGUAGCAUAAAUAAGGACAUAAGGAUAGGUUCUUUUUUCUCAAUAAAGAAAAGGCAAAUUUUCUGAUUUUUCUAGUUUUAAGUAGACUUUCAAAUGUUUAAUACGUGUUUAUACAAAACUAUGUAAAGUUCUGUAUAGUUGAGACUAAUCACAAAAAUUCAGACAGGCAGUAAUCGGGGUGAGAUUCUUUCCGUGUGUGGAUGCUGCAGUGAUUCUGGUGCCCUGCCAGCUAUAAAGCAUACGUGUUUCAUCUGGUACCAUCAUUUCUACAGUGUGUUCAAGAAAGGAUUAAAUGACAAUAAACAUGGAAUUGACAAAAAUUUUAUGUUCCGGUGAUUAUAAAGUUAUAAACAAUCUUGAGUUUCAAGCAGUUGCCCUUGAAUUGAUGCUCCUUUCUCUUUUUUGAUAUAAUUAUGACAAAUUGUUUAUCUUGGGAUUAAUUUAAUGUACUGAUAAAUAUUAGAAGUUGAUUCUAUUUUUUUUUCAUGAUUAAGACUAAUGGUUUAGUGUAAAUUAAAAAUGUCUUGCCUGGCACCCUUUAGCUGAGUAUCCCUUAGUAAGAUCUGGUUAGUCAUUGAUGACUAGAUGUUAAACACUUCACAAACACUCCUACUUCUGUGUAAUGGUACAUCUGGUCUUUUGGGCGUGAUGGUGGUUUAGGUCAGAGGAGUAUUAUUUUAUGUAGAAAUGAAUGUAUAUGGCUUGUUAUACAUACGGACUUACUGUGAUCCUGUUUGUUGCACAGAAAUAGUUUGGACAUUUAUAAAGCACAAAUCAUCAGAGGAAAUAGUGUGUAGUUAUUAAACUUGAGGAAGUUUCAGUGCAAUGUUUAGUUUAUAAAAAGGUCCUUUCUAUUUUCUAUGGCAAAUACUGUCACACUUGAAAAAUAGGAGCAAUACUUGAUUUAUUUUUGUAAGUAUUUAGAAUAUUAUUUUAAAUAAAUAAUUGUCAAUAUAAUUGUGAAAUGUUUUAAGUAAAUAAACUUCUGCUUCUGCAUCA